UCCCUCCUCGGCAUCGUCACCAACAUCAUCAACAUCCGGGUGUUUUGCCGACAGGGCGUGACGUCCGACAGCCCGACGGUCACCUUCUUCGCCCUGUCCGUCUCCGACCUCCUCGGCUGCAUCUUCAUCCUGCCGCAGCCGCUCUGCUACUACUUCGAGUACUACACGACGACGCAAAACCUGUUCUUGAGGAACUGCUACACGGUAAUGUUCAUGCCGGCCACGUACACCCACGUCAUACUGAACAAAAUCACGUCGUUCGUGACGGUCUACAUGUCGGUCGAGCGCGCCAUCUGCGUCAUAUUUCCCCUGCGAGUCCAGCGGAUUAUUAAAGUGAAAAACACGGUCGUCAUCAUGGUAGUCCUUUACGUGGCCAUCACCUUGACCUACGUGCCCUACGCGGCGAACGUGUUCAUCAUUUGGGUGGUCGACCCCGAGCACAACGGAACGGUCAAGGCCGUGAACUACUACACGCCGCUCGGGUACUUUUUCAUAACCUCCAACACGAUCUUUCAUUCGAUGAUCCUCACGUCAGCCGCCAUGCUGUGCGUGACCGUGGCAACGGUGGCCAUGGUCACGCGUCUCAAAGCGUCGCUGAAAUGGCGACAGGGCACCGUUUCGAACGUCGGCGCGGUCAUCGGGACGAAGACAAAAUACAAACAGCUGGCCAGGAGCGCCGAGACGGUGAAGAUCGUGAUGGCCAUCACGGCCGUGUACCUCGUCUGCCUGAUGUUCACGCACAUCCCGAACCUGGCCAUCGUGGCCAUCCCCGGCGUCAACGUCAACGGCGUCAACAAGUUCCUGAACAGCAUCCUGUACAUCGUCAAGUUCGACUUCGACGUCUUCAACUCGUCGAUCCACAUCUUCUUCUACGUCAGAAUGAGCACCAGGUACCGGAAGACGUUCCUC